AAUAGAAUGAGAAGAGAAAUCAAAUCAAAUAAAAUAAAAAACACAACCAAAUUUAAUCAUUGCGGCAUUUGGAAGAAGGAACUCCUCUGCUACCCGACAUACAUAGAAGCCAGAUUUUCAGGGUACGGAAACGUUUGAUAGAUGGAUAGAAAUGACAUGGAAAUCACUCUACAAGGAAUUCAAAUGGAUGAACAAGAAAGUGAAAGACUAGUCCCCGAUAGCCAGGAGAUUCCUUUGCCGCCUAAGAUUUGUAUAUACAGGAUUUCCACUACAAUUCCCAAAACAAAUCAGGUAGCCUACAUUCCUCAAGUAAUUUCUAUCGGCCCUAUUCAUUUUGGAAAUCCCAAAUUGGAGAUGAUGGAAAUGCAAAAACACAUAUAUAUGGAUGCAUUCUGUAAAAGGGUAAGUAAGAAGACAAAAAAGAACUUGCAAGCAAGUGAUUUGUUUCGCAUUAUUAUAAACCAUGAAGAGCAUAUACGCAAUUGUUAUGCAGACUACUACCCUCCUUCUGACGAAUUUUUAUACAUGGUCUUGUUUGAUGCGGUGUUUAUCAUCGAGUUUGUGUUGAGAGGCCUAAAUCCUAGAUAUAUAAAUGAUUUUAUAAUUGUUCAACCUGUGUUGAGAAAAAUGGUGUUACUGGAUUUGUUUCUGCUUGAAAAUCAGCUACCAUAUUUUGUUCUUGACAUAUUAUAUGCAGAAUUGAAAGAAAAAGAAAAAUUUUUUAAGCUUGUAUGCGACUGCUUCCUGAUAGACAAUCAAAAUCAAGUUUUUAAUUCCUUGGAGGAUGACAAAAUGUUGCAUUUUGUUGGUUUGAUGAGAUACAUUUUGUGUGGUGCACCUCAAAACUGGACAUGGGAUUCUUAUCGGAUCAAGCUCAAGUAUAGUGCAAGUAAACUGCAUCAAGCAGGAGUAGUGUUUAAGGUGGCAGAAGGCUGUAAGUCCUUGCUAGACAUAAAUUUUGAAAGUGGUGUGUUGAAAAUGCCAAUCCUUGAAGUCGAUGAAAACUUUGAAACUGUGCUUAAAAACGUCAUGGCAUUAGAGCAGUGCCAUUAUCAAUGUGAAAGUUAUAUCUGCAAUUACAUUUUUCUGAUGGAUCAUCUUAUCAACACUGCAGAAGAUGUGGAUUUGCUAACUGAGGCAGGAGUAAUUAUUCACUGGCUAGGUAGCAACAAAAUGAUGGCCAAUUUGAUUAACAAUCUUUGCAAAGGAGUUGAGAUCUAUGGGUCUAAUUACAAUAAUAUUUGUAGACAGUUGAAUGAACACUAUGAGGAUCCCUAUAAUCAUAGGAAGGCAACCCUCAAACUCGUAUAUUUCAGCAAUCUUUGGAGAGGUACUGCAACUGUUAUUGCGACACUGCUACUGAUUAUGACUUUGAUACAAACCAUAUGUUCCAUCAAAUCACUAUAUUAAGCUCAAACAUUGGUAGUAUUGGCUCCUUUUAUUGGCGGUGUGUCUGUGGGUGUGUUUUAUCGGCUGUUUUUUUUAUUCUGUAUUUGAUAUUUCCUUUGCUUCUACAAUUUGAAAUUGGUAUUGUGUCUAUAUAGGAUUUUUUGUGAAGUGGCAGGUUCUAUAAUAAGCAGUGACUCUAUUUACACUUUACGAGUUUAUAAUUGUAAUAAAAUUAUUGCCU